CAUUUCAACAGUCGCUGGCCAAACGUUCAGCAGAAUACACAGCCGACUCCUUCAAAUCUCUCUCACUCUCUCCCUCUCUUUCUCGAUUAAUUACCGUUACCGUUUUUUGUUGCUGUUGUUGUUGUUGUGUCGCCCACUGGCGGGAGUUUGAACUACUGUGCGUCCUCGCAUCAAAUUUUUUUCACCUGUGUGCCGCGUUUGUGGAAAAAGGGCCCAAAAACCCAUCAAAAACCCAAAAGAGAAUCAAGAAGAGACUCUCCGGAACCCCAGCCAAAAUCCAAAAUCCAAAAUCCAAAAGUCCAAAACCCAAAAGAAGAAAGUAUUCCGAAAAAUCAGUAAACUAUGGCUGGACCAUUCAUAUCGCCGCUGCCCGGCGAUCUGCUCACAGAGUACAUGUUCGGACGGAGGCGGCAGCGACGGAACCGAACCACAUUCACGCCGCAACAGCUGCAGGAGCUGGAGGCCCUCUUCCAGAAGACCCACUAUCCCGAUGUGUUUCUGCGCGAGGAGGUGGCCCUGAGGAUCAGUCUCAGCGAGGCGCGUGUUCAGGUGUGGUUCCAGAAUCGUCGCGCCAAAUGGCGGAAGCAGGCGCGCCUGCAGCUACUCCAGGAUGCCUGGCGGAUGCGCUGCCUCAGCCUGGGCACGCCUCCCGUCUUGGCCGGUGCAGGAGCACAGUCAGGAGGUGGCAGCAAUCGUCCGCCGAGCCAAACGGCCGAGAAUCUCUCAGCCGGAAAGGACUCCCAUUCGGGCAGCGACUUAAACGCCAGCGGGGAUGCGGCCAACUUCACCAUGAUGCAUCCGGCAUUCCAGCAUCAGCAGCAGCAGCAACAGCCGGGGCAGGGACAGGGGCAGGGGCAUCCCCAUAGCCAGGACAAGCUAUCCAAGACCUACACGGAACUGAAGCUGUACAAGGAGCCCGCGCACGGAAUGGAUAUAGGCGGGAUGGCUGCCCUGGCCAGCAACUCCGACGACGGCUCCGAUGGCUCGGACUCCGAGGAGAUCGAUCUCACAUCCGGUGCCUGCAUCGACUUCUCGCAGAGCAGUAAACUCCAACAGCAGCAGCAGCAACAGCAGCAGCAGCAGGGGGCAGGACUGGCUGUGGGGCCAGCGGGGGUGGCGCCAGCCAAUGGCGUUCUCUAGAUACUCAUAAGCAUAUAUACAUAUAUAUAUAUAUGUAUGUAUAGCAGUGUAUAUAUCGGACAUUUAAUGUGCAUUUUAUCCACUGGUUCACAUCUGUUUCCAUUUUUUGUUCGUUGGUUUUUGUUUUGCAAUAAAAGUGCAGUCUAAAAUAAACCCCAAAAGAUGUACCUAGCUAUAUAUAAUACUUAUAGUAUAUAAGUAUAUCCGUGCCCGGAAACUUAAGUACUACGUACACACGGUUAUGGGUAUAUGGAUCCGGUUUUGCUCGGGAAUCUCGACAAAAGCCUUCCUAAUGGAACGAGAGGCCCAAAUGUGAGUCCAAACUAAUGAUCCCUUUCCUAGGCAGAUAUCCAUGGCCCCAAACAAAGGCAUGUUAGACAUUGCUACCAAUUACAACUAAAUAAAAUUCCUUAAUGCUUAAAUCCUUCCAAAGAACACAAAAAAAACGAAAGCUUACAGACGAACCACUGCAAUCAAAGAGCCAAAAAUAAAUCAAAAUCAUUUGGUAAAAGGCCAACAUAUUAAGGUCAAAGACUUCAUAAUAGUGGUAUAAGAUCAUUCAAAGACUCCAAGCGAACGGCAGCAAUGUUUCCUUUCAACCGUCAGAUCGUAAUGUUGAUACAUAUAACUGCCCGAAGAGAUGCAAGAGUCAAAAGUACUAUUUAUGCACUUUGUGGCUUAUUCUUACGGAUGAGAUUACGACCAAUUGGCAAAUGUGAAGGACGUGAAGGAAUAUUCUCGGAAUAGGCCACGGGAAUCCCACGGGUAUUUCGAACUGAAGUUAUAAGAGAUAAUAUAUAAUACCUAUGAUCUGGUUGAAGAGGUAAGGUUGUAAAUGGUAGGGCUGUUAUAAAAACGUUGUGGCACAGCCCAUGGACAACAACUCUGUGUAAGAAUCUAAAUAGUUUGGCUAAGAAGCUCAAUUCAUAGAGACAUAUGUUUAUGUUCUACUAAAUGGUUAAAAAUCCCACCUUUAUAAUAACAUCAAAUGCUGAUUGCACUGUGUAUUCUGUAAUAGCAUCCUUUAUUCCGCCAGAAUAAAGUUAAAUGGAUAAAACAAAUUCAAUGAAUGGAACGCGAAUCCAAGGCCAGGAAAAUAAGGACAAGAAACGACUACAGAUUGUAAUGUGAAAGCCGCAGGAAAAGACCAACUAAGACUAGUGAUGAAAUCAAUAGAAAUUGCAAUAGACAUACAUCUUGAUGUCAUGCUCAGGUAGAUGAAAUCCUUAGCAUCCGAUUAAAUCCUGAUAGCCUGCAUUCAAAAGCCCCAACAAAUUAGGCUAUGCAAAAGGCACAAGAGAUCUAUGCAUUUUUACUUGGGAUUCCAAUAAAAAAGAAAAUAACAUUUUUAAAUAGCCAAGGGAAAGUAAACAAAAGUUUUCACGAAUUCAGAUGGAACGUUUCGCUUGAAUGAAGUGAUAAAACGUCUAUAUAUUCAGUAUUACCAUGCCCAACGUCUUUUUUUUGCUUUCUUAGAACCGCCAUUUGCGCGUCGCCAAGGACUGUAUACAUACUUUAUCAUUGGAGUCUUACUUUUCGGUAAGUUUAAUCUGCGCCUCGACAACGGUUGUGUUUAUUGUUAUUGGAUUCUGGGACCGACGCAGUUGCCCAAGGCAGUGACGAAAAGACGAAGCCGUGUGGGCAGCGGCUAAAGAUAGCCCAUAAGUGGUACGAUCCCGUACCACGAAGUAUCGGAGGCAACUUUGAAUGGAAUUUU